AUGAACAAAGCUUUCCUCGUUGUCCUGGCGGUUUUUGCUCUGGCAGCCAAACAGACAUUUGGUCAGAUGGACUGUGCAGGCAAACCUGAUGGUUCCUAUGGAGCUGGUUGCCGAUCAUACACGGCCUGCAAGGGUGGGGUUGGUACGUUGGUCACCUGUCAACCAGACCAAGCUUAUGACUUCGACACCAAUCAGUGUGAACCAAUCGAUAGUGUCAAGCCUCCGUGCGGUUUGAACAGUUCGGCAUGUAUCGGCAAGCCUGAUGGGAGAUACGCCCUGCAGUCGGAGCAAUGCAGAUGGUACUUCACAUGCCAGGAACAAGUGUACCUGGGAGCCAACCCAUGCAACAACCCACCCAGCGGAACCGCCUUGGUGUUCGACGAGGUUCUCGGCGUUUGCAACUGGAAGUAUGACGUUAGCCCACCGUGUGGAACCAAGCAGUAG